ACUCUACUCUAACUGCCGGUGCAGACAGAACCCGCAUCAUCCUCUAUAUAUCCUUCCCCUUUUGUUCCUUCCGUCUGCCGGACCCCUCCGUCCUCUUCUCCUUGCGAAGCCACCUCUCUUCCCUCUCUCUCCUUUCCCCCCUCCUCAUACGCCUCCACUAGUGACCUCGGUGGUGAAGAUGGCAGCCCAACGAUUCAGAGAACUCUUUGGGCCGGCCGAGGCGGUGCCGCUCGACAAGCUCGUGCCCAUCGACAAGGUGCGCAAGGCCAUCGCCGCCCCCGGCUCAGUGCAGGAGAUGGAGACAAAGCUCGUCAACGGCAAGAUGCAGCGCGUCUACAAGAACCUGCCCGCCUCGACGCGCGACCUCUUUGUCAUGGCGGCACGGGCCUUUGCCCACCGUCCCUAUGUUGUCUACGACCUCAAGGAGCGUUUUACCUACCAGGAGAUUUUCGACCAGAGCCUCACCGUGGCACACUGGCUCAAGCAUCAGUUUGGCGUGCGCAAGGGCGACCGCGUGGGCAUUGCGGCGCGAAACUACCCCGAGUUCAUUGCGACCUACUGGGGUAUCCACCUGCUUGGCGCGGUGGCUGCGCCCAUCAACUCAUUUGCAGAGGGCGACACACUGGCAUUCUGCGUCCGCGACGUCAGCUGCCGCGUCGUCGUCGUCGAUGCGGAGCGGCUGGCCAGGCUGCAGGACUUUAUUCCGUCGCUCUUUGCCUACGAGGUGGACGAUGCGUUCAACAAGGGCACGGCCCGGCCGCUCGAGGCCAUCGUCGUCAUGCCCAGGGAUGGUGCCAAGCGUGUGGCAGACAAGGACAAGCACUGGCUUAACAAAGGCGACGAGCGCAGCGUCUACGAUUUCGAGCAGCUCCAGCGGGCACACCGGGAGGCGGCUCUGAAGCAGGGCGUGCCCAAGGUCCAGAUCAGCCCCGAGGACAAUGCGACGAUUCUCUUUACCAGCGGCACCACGGGCAUGCCAAAGGGUGUCUUGAGCACGCAGCGCCAGUCGCUCUCCUCGCUCUUCUUGGCGGGUUUCAGCUUCGCAUUCACAUUUGCACGCAGGGGCAAGACGCCACCGGGCCCCGCCGAGGACAAGGACCAGAGCAGCCAGCUGCUCAUGGUGCCCCUCAUGCACACCACGGGCAUUCACAGCGGCUUGACGUCGACGACGGCGGCGGGCAACCGGAUCAACAUCCUCUCGGCGUACUCGGUUGACGCCGUGGGCAAAUGCAUCGAGUCCGAGCGAGUCUCGACGAUCCUCGGCAUUGGCUUCAUGCUCCGUGAGAUUAUCAACUCAAAAUACGACGUCUCCUCCCUGGCCGUCUUCUCCCACGGAGGCAGUUCGUCGGCAAAGGAGCUGCCCGCCGAGAUGGCGGCGAGGAACUCCGACUCCGUCAUGGGCUCCGGCUACGGCCUGACCGAGGUCAACGGCGUUGCCGCUGGCAUUGCCGGCGACGACUACUUCCACCGGCCCACAAGCUGCGGCCAGCCACCCGUUGCCGUCGACCUCAUGGUGGUGGAUCCCGACAACUUCGUGGAGGUGCCCCGGGGCGAGGUCGGUGAGCUUUGGAUCAAGUCGCCCGGCACUGCAAAGUGCUACUGGAACCGGCCACAAGCGACAGCAGAGGCCUUCCUUCCCGAUGGGUGGUUCCGAUCCGGUGACCUGGCCAAGAUCGACGAAGAGGGCUUCGUCUACAUCGUCGACCGAGCCAAGGACAUCAUCGUGCGAGGCGGAGAGAACAUUUCGUGUGCCCAGGUCGAAAAUGCCGUCUAUCGGCACCCCGACGUUCUCGACUGCGCCGUCGUCUCGAUUCCCGACAAGAGGCUGGGCGAGCGCGUGGCGGCCGUGUGCGUGCCGAGAGACCCUUCAAAGGAGCUUCCGAGCGAGAAGUCCAUCAUCGAGGCCGCCAAGAAGGCUCUUCCCAAGUAUGCUGUGCCAGAGUACGUCUGGGUGAGGAAGGAGCCCCUGGAGCGGAACCCAAGCGGCAAAGUCUUGAAGCCCAUCGUGAGACAAGCUGUCCGACAGAGGGCCCAAGAGCAGGGCUGGACCCCACCUGACCCGUCCAAGGGCCGACCCUCGAAGAUGUGAUAGAGUCAGUGGUAGUAGUAGUGGUAGAUUUGCAGGUGCUCAUUGCCGCUCUUUGCCUUGCCGGGCUGUUGCUGGUAGUCACGCUAUUUGUUGCUUGGAUCUUCUCCUGUAGAGAUGCUUGCUCCCCCACCCUGCAUGACAUGACAUUGCUCUGUCUCUCUAUCCUAACCGUGCUAGCCGCGCCUUUUACAACACCAGUACGUUGCUUUUUGGGGAAACGCAAUGCAAAAGCGCGAAAU